GCUACCCAUUCCUCGAACAAAAUUGCUCUCCCAUUACACAUAACCACUUAAUUCCCAGUGUACAGACUACAGAUAAGCCUAUUAUCUCGUUUCUUUCAGCCAUAGAUUCAUUGUUAGUUUUCUAAAUGUUUGCUCUGUAAGUUUAUCUCUGGCUUUCAGAUAAGUGAUUGAAUCCAAGCAUUCGAUCUUCUGAAGUUCAUUUUAAAAUAUGGCUGUGGUUGUACUUCAUUCCUCAAGGUUCUUUUGCGCUUAUUACGAUUGUAUAUCCGUAGCGGAGUCUACUCCAGGUAAUAAUAGCUUCCUGUCAAUGUGUGUUUCCAUGAGUAAUGGAAGAGCUGGCGGCAGAAAGUUUAAAGCUUUGAAGGGUUUCGAGCCUAGUUCUGUAGGCAAUUGGAAGAAAACUGAAAAUGAGGGUGUCUUCCAGAACCAGAAUGAGACGAACUCUUCGUCUGAGAAUCUAAGGAGUGGUGUUUCCUCGGAAGAAGUGUUUGAGAUCCUGAAGUCGUUAUCAAAUCCGAGCCAGGCUUUUUCUAUGUUUAUGUCUGUUGUUAAACUGCCUAGGGUGAUUCAUACCACAGAAACAUGUAAUUACAUGCUUGAGCUUUUGAGGAUUCAUGGGAGGGUCAAUGAUAUGGCUACGGUGUUUGAUGUAAUGCAGAAACAGAUCAUAUAUAGGAAUCUUGAGACGUAUUUGACGAUUUUUAAAGGUCUUCACAUUAGGGGAGGGUUAAGACAAGCACCAUUUGCUCUAGAGGGGAUGAGAAGAGAAGGUUUUAUUUUAAAUGCCUAUUCCUAUAAUGGAUUAAUACACUUACUGCUUCAAGCUAAAUUAACUCAGGAAGCUUUAGAAGUUUAUAGAAGAGCUGUUUCAGAAGGAAUUAAGCUGAGCCUUAAGACAUACUCGGCAUUAAUGGUUGCUUGUGGGAAGAGAAAAGACACCCUGACACUCCUGAGUUUAUUAAACGGGAUGGAUGAUUUAGGAUUGAAACCUAACAUUUACACCUUUACCAUCUGUAUAAGAGUGCUCGGGAAAGCUGGAAAAAUCGAUGAUGCCUGUACUAUAUUGAAGCGAAUGGAAAAUGAGGGGUGCACGCCUGACGUCAUCACAUAUACAGUUCUAAUUGAUUCUCUUUGUAUUGCAGGAAAACUUGACACUGCAAAAGAAAUUUUCGCUAAAAUGAAAUCGGUUAGCCAGAAACCUGAUCGAGUCACAUAUAUCACACUGCUAGACAGGUUUAGUGACUCUGGGGACUUGGAUUCUGUGAGAGAUUUUUUUAAAAUGAUGGAAGCUGAUGGCUAUGGAGCAGAUGUUGUUACUUUUACGAUACUAAUUGAUGCAUUGUGUAAAGAUGGGAAGGUCGAUGAGGCUUUUUCCACUUUAGAUGCUAUGAAAGAGAAGGGAGUAUCACCUAAUCUUCAUACUUACAACUCACUGAUUAAUGGCCUUCUAAGAAUGAAUAAAGUGGAUGAGGCGACGCGACUGUUCGAUAAUUUGGAGUCUUUUGGAAUUCAGCGUACUUGUUUCACGUAUGUCCUCUUUAUCGACUAUUAUGGAAAGGUUGGAGAUCCUGAUAAAGCACUUCAGAUGUUUGAGAAGAUGAGAGUUCAUGGGGUUGUGCCAAAUCUCGUAGCUUUCAAUGCUUCUUUGUAUAGCCUGGUAGAAUCUGGCAGGUUCAGGGAGGCUAAGAGUUUUUUUUAUGGAAUUAAAAAGAGUGGUCAAGUUCCAGAUUCUAUAACUUAUAACAUUAUGAUGAUGUGCUACAACAGUGCUGGGAAAACUGAUGAAGCCAUUCACUUGCUACAUGAGAUGAUGGAAAAUGAAUGUGAGCCUGAUGUGGUUUUAGUCAAUUCAUUGAUUGACAUGCUUUAUAAGGAUGGUCGAACUGAUGAGGCUUGGAAUUUUUUUCAUAGAAUGAAGGAUAUGAAACUUGUUCCUACGAUAGUGACUUAUAACACACUCUUGGCUGGACUUAGAAGGGAAGGUAGAGUUAAAGAGGCUUUUAAAUUAUUUGAGAGCAUGGGCAGAGAGGGAUGUUUUCCAAACACAAUAACCUAUAAUACUCUUCUGGACUGUCUUUGUAAGAACGGCGAGGUUGAUACAGCCAUGAAGAUGCUUUAUGAAAUGACAAUAAAGAACUGCAAUCCUGAUAUUUUUACCUAUAACACUGUCAUUGAUGGAUUGGCUAAAGAGAAAAGGGUCCGUGAAGCAUUUUGGCUUUUCAACCAGAUGAAGAAGAUUUUCCAGCCAGACUGUGUGACCAUUAACAUAAUUGUUUCCAGCCUUGUAAAAGAUGGCUCCGUUGAGUAUGCUGUUAAAAUUGCCGAGGAUUUUGUUUGGAAAAGGCCACAUUGGUCAAAUGAUUCUUUCUGGAGAAGUCUUUGCGAUGGAUUUGUGAAUGAAACAAGAUCAGAAUAUUCUUUGUUGUUUAUAGAAAUGCUGACAUAUAAGGGUAUCUGCAAAAGUGAAAUGAUUAUGGUAUCUUUGAUAAGGUCACUGUGUAAGAAAAAGAGAGCUCUUGAUGCUCAUCGUGUCUUUGAAAAGGUUACAAAAUCUUUUGGAAUUUGUCCAACUAUAAAAUCGUAUUAUCCUCUGAUUGAGGGGCUUAUUGAUGCUCAUCUUCCAGAGCUGGCAUGGGAUGUGUUCAGGGAGAUGAAAAAUGCAGGUUGUUCCCCAGAUGUUUUCACAUACAACGUGUUGCUCGAUCAUCUUGGGAAGUCUGGAAAUAUUGAUGAACUUUUCAAACUGUAUGAAGAAAUGCUUCACAGAGGAUGUAAGCCCAUUGCCAUAACUUACAAUAUACUUAUCUCUGGUAUGGUGAAGUUAGGUAAGUUAGAGAGAGCACUAGAUUUUUAUUAUGAUCUUGUCAGUGGUGGCUUUUCUCCCACUCCUUGUACAUAUGGUCCACUGAUAAAUGGUCUUUUGAAGGCUGAGAGGUUUGAUGAUGCAAAGAAUUUCUUUGACGAAAUGGCAAACUAUGGUUGCAAUCCUAACCCUGCCAUUUACAAUAUUCUCAUAAAUGGGUUUGGAAAGGCAGGCGAUCUGGAAACUGCCUGCCAUCUGUUUGAGAAAAUGAUCAGAGAAGGCAUUAGACCAAAUUUAAAAUCUUAUACCAUUCUUGUGGAUUGCCUUUGCUUGGCUGGAAAAGUGGAAGAUGCCAUGCACUACUUUGAGGAAUUGAAAUCCUCAGGCAUCAAUCCUGAUUUAGUUUCAUACAAUCUUAUGAUCAAUGGCCUUGGAAAGGUGGGGAAGUUCAAGGAAGCCUUAUGUCUUCUUGAUGAGAUGGGAAACAAAGGAGUCACUCCUGACCUUUAUACAUAUAAUUCUUUAAUCUUCAAUCUUGGAAUGAUUGGAAGGAUGGAAGAGGCAGGGAAACUGUAUGAAGAACUUCAGCAUCUGGGUCUUGAACCUAAUAUUUUUACAUAUAAUGCUCUAAUUAAAGGGUAUAGCUUGUCGGGUGAAACUGACCGAGCAUUUGCAGUCUAUGAAAGAAUGAUGGUUGGUGGCUGUACUCCUAACAGAGGGACAUUUGCUCAAUUACCAAAUUCAUGAGAUAAUCCCACAUUCUUCAUACGCAACUCGCGAAGCCAGAAUGUGAUGUGUAAGGGGGCUUAUCCAAUUUCGGAUAUAUGGCUAACUGGGGGUCAUAGCAGUGAUGCCAGGCAUUAAAGAUUGAAGGACCUCUUAGCAAUACUUAACGUUAAGGCAUCUCUUUGUUCAAUUCUUCAAACACCUGGAAAUAUAAAUUGACGGCCAUGGUCCAAGUAUGCCAUAAGAUUGCAAUUAAAGUAAAUAUCAUGUGACUUGACUCACCUCGAAAUAUAAAUUGAAGGCCACGGUCCAAGUAUGCCAUAAGAUUGCAAUUAAAAUCUUUUGCUGUUCAUAUGCAAAUGGUGGAACUAAUAUUUCAAAACCAUGAACGACACCCUGCCUUGAUUCCUGGAAUUGUAUCCCUUUUCACUAUGUCAGCAGUUGUUUGAGUUAUAGAUCGAGAUGGUGGAAGGAAGAAGCAGUUCUGUUUCUGGUUCAACAGAAAAGAUUACGGUAUGAAUGACGGGAGUUCAAGUGAAGAUGUAUCUUUCAUGAUAAAAGUGGCGCAUCUGACGAGAAUUUUUCUCUACAUAUAAUCCCAACGCGUUACCGAACACAAGCAUCUUGUUUCGGUCAAAAUGAUGUUGGAAUAAAAAUGAAUAAGUUACUUUACGGCAAGUCGGCAACGAGGAAGCGGUCUAGUCCAGCUGGUCGCCGACUCACUCUCCCUUACGGGAGGUCUCGGGUUCGAAACUCAAUGGAGUGAAUUUCGGCCCUGAUUACUCCAAGCCCCCUCCCCCAGACGCCCCCGGGAGUAAAAAAAGAUACUUUACGGCAACAUGCAUUUAAGUGUUUACCGAAUUUCAAAGCGUGUAAGUGUGACAAUAAGACAUGCCUUUGAUACAUAGGCCUUCAGUCUAACCUGUGUUUGGCCAUUUUUGUAACAUGGCCUGAUUGAUGCAUCUUUGUUUACUAUUUCCAGUUAACUAAACUUGGACGUUAGGUGUAAUAUUGUGAUUGUUAAUGAGAUAAAUCAGUGUACCAAAC